AUGACGUCGACGAAGAAGGUCGCACUUGUGACUGGAGCUACAGGCAUCCAGGGUCGUGCUUUGAUAUCGCAUCUGUCCAAGCCUGACUUUGGCUGGGAUGAGAUAUUCGCCGUCAGCAGGGAGCCUCUCGACUUCGACAAUCGAGCAAAGCAGCUGUCGUUUGACAUGUAUGACAAGGAGGGUGCCAAAUACUAUGAGGAUUACGUCAUCGAGCGCCGCAAGAAGGGUGCCAAAUGGACUUGGUCCUCUCUGCGCCCAGGGUGCAUCAUUGGAUACUCGCAGGGGUACAUGAAUCUGCUGCACAACAUUGCUGUCUAUGGCACCCUCUGCAAGGAGUUGGGAGGCCUCUUCAGGUUCCCUGGCACCCCUGUGGCCUACAAGGUGCUGCUGGACUGUGUAGAUGUGGACCUGCUGGCAGAUGCGCAGAUCUGGCUGGCCACCCACCCCCAAGCCCAGAACGACGGCUACAACAUCUCCAAUGGAGACCAGUUCCGCUUCCAGCAGCUGUGGCCGGUGCUGGCAUCCUGGUUCAAGCUGGACGUUGGUCCCAGCCUUCGCAUCCCCCUGACCAAGUUCAUGCCGCACCACAAGGACCUGUGGGCCUUCAUUGUCAAGAAGCACAACCUCAAGGACAUCCCCUUUAAGAAGCUGGCACAGUGGGAGUUUGCAGACGCCAUGUUCACGGUCCCCUCUGAUGAGUUUGGCGAUGUGAACAAGCUGCGCAAGGCCGGCUACGACAAGCAGAGGCUGUACACAGAGGAGGUCGUCCUGCACAAGCUGGACUAUCUGGCCAAGAUGAAGGUCAUCCCCAAGUAUUGA